CGCGAGGGCUGCUAUUGUGGUUUAACGCUACCUUCAGACCUAGUACACAGACCUAUAGCUAUAUAUGAUUGUGUUUCAGCGAUUUACGCUACCUCAUACCUUAGCUGUAUGUGUUCUGCGAUUUUACCUGGUCGCUCGUUAGGUAUAUAGUGAAAAACCCCACAACUAAAACAACAAGAAAAAAAGAAAAAAAAAAGAAAAGAAAAAAGAACAGCAAAAAACCUGAAAACAACUUGAUGUUAAUUCUGGAGUUAUAGCAGGCAAUGGUUUAUAUUCUUGUCAAGUGUUCCGCCAUUCGUAGCAACACCCGUGACGUGUGAUACAUGGUUGAUAAUACAGGAAGCGAAAAUGAUGCUCGUUUGCUCAUAUUUUAUGCGAAUCGUGAGCUGAUUCGUCAUGUGGUGGAAACACGGGGUUCUCCUCUUCUAUCUCGGUGUACUCCGCAGCUGUAGAGGCUCGCAGCUUUAUUUCCAGCUUCUCCAAGCAGAAGACACCCCCUCCGAGAAGUCCCUUUAUCACCGCGAGGGCACGCGCCCCUACCCCUCCGACAGACUCCCUAUUGAUGGGAUCAUGGAGAGCCCUGACAAAUACUACGACCCCAGGCCAGGGGAAUUAAACAAGAAAAAACUGAGAAAGAUCCUUGGAGACAGAUUUGAUUCCGAUUUUAUGUCUGUGAAACAUCCUAAGUCUAAAAACGGUUCCUUGGAGUUUAAAUUCCGAAACGGGAGACCCGUCGGUAAGAGGCCGUCAUUUCUCCGUCUGAUCAGGACGUUAAAACUGAGGAAUGGACCCACGCUGAAAUUAAAGGUGGGGAAAAAGAACAGAAGAAAGUUUCAGAAAUUUCUGUGGAGUUACUCGUACUGUCCCGUGAAAUACGUGUGGAGGGAUUUAGGGAGGCGGUUCUGGCCUCGGUGGAUUAAAGACGGGCUGUGCUCGAGGGAGCGGUCGUGCUCCGUGCCCCCGGGCAUGUUUUGUAAACCAAGCAACUCUACAACAAAAACAAUUCUGCGGUGGCACUGUCCAAAAUGGCGGAGAAGAGUUGCGUGUAAAUGGAUACAAAUUCAGUACCCGAUUAUAACGGAGUGCGCAUGCUCUUGUCAUGGAAACGAUGAUGACUAAAUACUAUUAACACUGGAUAGCACAAAACUCCCCAAAAAACUACAAAACAACCAAAUCAACCAAACUGCUAAAUCCUAUUCUUACGAGUGGUGCACAUUGACUCUUUAAUGCUAAUGAAAAGGACAUUGCUUAUGAAUAUUAAUUUAAGCUAGCAUUAUUUAUGAAUAUUAAGUAGCAGGCAUGGCUCAUCGUGAUCCAUAUAAUAAAUGUCAACUUUAACUGGUACCGAUGUUGUCUCAUUGCAGGUUGUGGUGCGAUAGCCAACAAGGGUAACGGUCUAUGUGGACGGUGUUCCAGCUAUUUCUUUCAAAUGGCAAAGAAACAUAUUCUGUUGUUGAUUGUUACGAGAACAUUAAUUUAUUGUUGUUUGUUUAAACAUUUUGUAAAUAGACUGUCAUUAUUAUGCAAAA